GAAGGACAACCACGAAGUCACUCACGCCCCAUCUGCGGAGGGCACUAGAAGAUCUCCCCACAUUUAUCCACCCAAACACUUUCUUACCCGGUUUCUACUACCGAUCUACCGAUCCGUUAUAUCAACCGACAAUGCAUUUUGUUGGGUUUUCAGUACCCAUCGUACUGGUGUUGUUUUUCAGGUCAGCUGCUUCAUCAAGCGGAUCAAUGUGCUCCGUGAAAACCAGGGGCGGCAAGUGCUGCGUGUUCCCGUUUUUCAACAAUGGAAAGUGGUACCACAAAUGCGAGCCACACGGAGGUAGCUCAUGGUGCUCGGAGACUCCUAACUAUGAGAAGGACAGGAAAUGGGAUUACUGUGUUGGCAUGGAGGCGGAGAUCACUGUAGAUGAUCGUGCCUUUGUCUACGCGAACGGUCGUUAUCUUGGGAAUGACAACGGCAAAUGGGACGUGGCCCAAAAGUACAUGUUCCCCUUGGAUACCCAAGUUGUCGCCAUCUACGUGCAGAACACGGGCGGCCCCGGGCGGAUCAUGGCGAAGUUCGGUAAUGGCAUCGAGACGGACGCGGAGUGGAAGUGCACCAAUAAACACAGUCCAAACUUUCAAAAAACCGACUUUGACGACAGCAGUUGGCCCGCCGCGGUUGUUCGUCAGGCGAAUGAACAAACUGUCAGGCAGUUACCUCGCGAUGUGCGCUGGAUUGGCGUUAGUAACCCGGACGAGAGGUCCUUCUACUGCAGACGUAGGAUUACUAUCAACCCUGAUAUACCGAGAACAGGCGGAGCGUGUGACAAACCAUUGGGCGUUGAGAGCGGAUACGUCGAGAACGAAGCGAUGACAGCCUCCAGUAACUGGGACGCUGAGCACAUGGCAUGGAGGGGGCGACUUAACAUGGCCAGUCAAGGCAGUUUUAUCGGUGCUUGGAGCGCGAGGGUAAACGACGCCAAUCAGUGGCUUCAGGUCGAUCUUGGAAGAUCUAGCAGAGUGACUGCUGUCGAGACUCAAGGGCGCCAGGACUAUGACCAAUGGGUGAAGACCUUCACUCUCUCCUUCAGUAACCAGGGAGCCCAGUUCAUUACCUACCGAAUCGCUGGACUUGUCAAGACGUUCACGGGAAAUAGUAACAGGAACUCAGUUGUGAGGAAUGCUGUUUCUCCCGCUAUCGAAGCCAGAUUCGUCCGCAUUCACCCGAAGAGCUGGCAUAAUCACGUGUCUAUGAGAGUGGAGCUUAUUGGCUGUUUCAUGGCAUGCAAAGUGGAUGUCGGCAUCUUGAUGGAUGAGUCUGGUAGUGUCAAGCAAGACGAUUUCACCAAGGAGAAGGAGUUUGUCAAAGAUCUUGUCAGGCAUUUCCAGAUUGGCGGGCAGUAUGCACAGUUCGGAGUGAUCUCAUUCAGUACGCAUGCACACCUGGACAUAGCACUUAACAGUCACUCGAGCGUCGGGUCCCUCCAGCAGGCGGUCAGCCAUAUACGGCAAGCAGGAGGAUGGACGUACACUGACAAGGCUCUUGAUCUCGCAUACAGCCAGCUUUAUAGCUCGUCUAGGGGCGCCCGCUCAAACGUUGCCAAGGUGCUGAUUAUCAUAACAGACGGAGUGAGCACCAGAGGAAUCGACAGCCUGAAAGCGCCUCUCAAGCGCCUGAAAGACGCGUCCGUUAAUAUCAUAUCAAUCGGCGUCGGGAGAAACAUCAACCGCAACGAGCUGGAACUGAUGGCUUCUCAGCCUGGCCGGUCACAUGUGUACUACGUGGACAGCAUGAAGGAACUAAAGAACCUCGUCAACUCGAUCUCCUCUUCCUCGUGCUCAUCGUUCAGCUGCCGUUACGUGUCUUGCGAGUACUCGACGUGGGGCUCGUGGUCGAAGUCUUGCGGGUCUGGCAUGACCCGAGUACGAAGCCUGACCAAGACCAACACCUUGGUGAAGGAUCAACAAGGUGGAUGCUCAGGUCUGCCCCAGACCUGCCAACAGCAGCAGUCGGAGACGACGAGCAGCAGCUGUCCAUGCCGCUAUGUGACGUGCUCGUGGAAUCAAUGGGGGGCGUGGUCAAGUACAUGCGGUAGGAUGGUGAGGCAGAGGACUAGCGAGGUCACGCAACACACUGUCACGCAAGCCAACUGUAACGGCCUCCAGACAACCUGCCCUGCGCCACAGACUGAAAGCAUCUACAUGUCAUGUUGCAAGGCAGAGCUGGGUAUUAUGAUGGAUGAAUCUGGCAGUGUUAAUGACGCCGACUUCCAGAGGGAGAAGGACUUCAUCGUCGCUAUGGCGAACGAGUUCAACAAUUACGGCCCACAGGGGAUACAAAUGGGUAUCAUCACCUUCAGUACUGAUGCGCACGUCGACAUCAAGUUCAACCAGUUUCAAGACAAGGCCAGCUUUAUCCGCGCCGUACAAGGCAUUCGUCAGGCCAGGGGCUGGACGUAUUCGGACAAAGCGCUGAAUCUCGCUCGGACAAGCUUGUUCCAGUCAGCUGCUGGCGUCAGACCAGGGGUCUCCAAGAUGUUGUUAAUUCUGACUGAUGGAGUCAGCACUAGCGGGAUGGCGAGCCUGAAGACGCCCACUCAACUCCUCAAAGCAAGUCACGUGAAUAUUUUCACGGUGGGAAUAGGCAGCAACAUCAACAAACAGGAACUUGAGUUCAUGGCAUCAGAUCCUAAGAACUCCCAUGUUUUCUAUGUGUCGAGCAUGGCACAACUCCCCACUCUACUCACAGCCAUCAGCGAGGCGUCGUGUGCAACGUACAAGUGCAAGUACGUCACCUGCGACUACGCUCCUUGGUCCGCUUGGUCAGCGUCGUGCGGUAAGGGCAUGCGUAGAACUCGUCGUCUGAGCAAGGUCAACUCCCACGUGAUUGAGCAGCAGGGAGGGUGUUCUGGACUGCAGCAAACAUGUGACCAGGAGAAGACAGAGACCAAGGACAUGAACUGUCCAUGCCGCUAUGUGACGUGCUCGUGGAAUCAAUGGGGGGCGUGGUCAAGCACGUGCGGUAGGAUGGUGAGGCAGAGGACUAGCGAGGUCACGCAGCACACUGUCACGCAAGCCAACUGUAACGGCCUCCAGACAACCUGCCCUGCGCCAGAGACGGAAGUCAAGCACAGAUCUUGUUGCAAGGCAGACGUUGGUCUGAUCCUGGACGAGUCGGGCAGUGUCUCGGACGAGGAUUUCGUUCGCAUGACAAACUUCGUAGCAUCCAUGGCUGGCGGGUUUGAUAAUUUCGGUGCUGACGGUAUUCAGAUGGGCGUCAUCACGUUCAGUACGAAUCCCACCAUGCGAAUCAAGUUUAACCAGUUUGGCAACAAAAACGACUUCAUGACAGCCAUCCAGGGUAUCCGACAGCACGGCGGGUGGACAUACACUGACAAGGCGCUGGACAUGGCACGGGAACAACUUUUCACGUCUGCUGGAGGCGGCAGAAAUGGCAUCACCAAGAUUUUACUGGUUGUCACAGACGGAGUGAGCACGGGAUCUCUAGUAAGCCUCAAAGAGCCAAUCAGAAAGCUUCGAGAAAAUGGAAUCAAUAUCUUCUCGGUGGGCGUUGGGCUUAGGACGAACAAAGCGGAACUGGAGUUUAUGGCUUCGGAUCCGAAAAACGAGCAUAUGUUUUCGGUCAUGAGCAUGAGUCAGCUACCCACACUGCUAAGCGCACUCACAACCUCUACAUGUCAGAUGUUCAAGUGCAAGUACGUGACCUGCGACUACGCUCCUUGGUCCGCUUGGUCAGCGUCGUGCGGUAAGGGCAUGCGUAGAACUCGUCGUCUGAGCAAGGUCAACUCCCACGUGAUUGAGCAGCAGGGAGGGUGUUCUGGACUGCAGCAAACAUGUGACCAGGAGAGGAUAGAGACCAAGGACAUGAACUGCCCGUGUCGUUACGUGACGUGUGCGUGGAAUGACUGGUCCAGCUGGUCCGGCUCCUGUGGCACAGUCACUCGACGCAGGACUAGCGCGGUCACAAAUCACGUGAUUAACAAGCCGAGCUGUAGCGGUCUGCAAACCACGUGUCCGGCCCCCGAGACGCAAACCCGGACAACCAACUGCACCUGUCCUACCGUGAAGUGUGUGUGGAACCCGUGGACCGUGUGGUCCGCGUCGUGUGGGUCUGCAACAAGAAGCAGAACCAUAGAGAUCAUCAAGGAAACUGUCCAGAAGCCCUCAUGUGACGGUCUGCCGCAGACAUGUCCACAGAAUCCCGAGGCGGAGACCCGUAAAAUACUGUGCAACUGCAAAACCGUGAAAUGCGAUCAGUUUAACGCAUGGUCUGCCUGGACAGCCACGUGUGGUACCGCCACCCGGACCAGAACCGUCAAGACUGUGUCAGUGACAGUGCAGAAAUACGACUGCUCCGGUCUACCGCAAAGUUGCCCCAAUCUUCCAGAGACCGAGAAGCGCACCACGGACUGCCCUUGCCGCGCGGUCAAAUGUGACUGGGAAGCCUGGAGCGAGUGGUCUGCAUCUUGCGGCCUGGCAAUAAGGACAAGGACAAUCAAGACCACAAAUGUCAUUGUGAAUCAACCAGUUUGCAGCGGUCUCCCGCAACAGUGUACCCAGUCCCCCGAGACCGAGAGCCGCGAGAAGAAGUGCACGUGUCCGACAGUUGAAUGCACGUGGAACGCGUGGACGGCCUGGUCUGUUAGCUGCGGCCCCGCUAAGCGCACAAGGACAAUUAAUACGACAAAGAAAACGGUAGAAGCUCUGAGUUGCGAUGGGUUGCCUCAAACGUGUACCCAGGCCCCGGAGACGGACUCACGGACCACCAUGUGUAGCUGCAACACGAUUAAGUGCGUGUGGAACGACUGGACCGUUUGGUCCGCAUCCUGCGGUCGUGUCACGCGAACCAAGACUAUUAAGGCAGAGAAGGUUGUUGUUGAGAAGCCGACCUGUGACGGCCUUCCACAGGCUUGCACCGAGGCUCCAAAGACCGAAACACGUGAAGUCAUGUGCACGUGCAAUACAGUCAACUGCACGUGGAACGCGUGGGAGGCGUGGUCUGUCACGUGUGGCGCAGCAUCCCGUAAACGAACGAUCAAGACGACGCCAUAUACAGUACAGAAACUGUCCUGUGACGGUUUGCCACAAACCUGCAGCCAACAGCCCGAGGUUGAGAAUAGGAAAACCAUGUGCGACUGCAAGUCUGUUAAAUGCGACUGGAAUGACUGGGCCGCGUGGAGUAAAACCUGCGGUAAUGCCACGAGGACUCGGACAAUCAAAUCCACUCAGGUGACUGUUCAGAGCGACGACUGCUCCAAGGUUCCGACAGUUUGCACACAGAAGCCAGAGACGGAGAAGCGAUCAGACAUGUGCAGCUGUAAGACUGUGAGCUGCGAGUGGGGAGCAUGGGGAAAUUGGUCCGGACUAUGUGGCACCGUGAAGCGACAGCGCAAGAUCGUGCAAACUGACAAGGUGGUGCAGAAGGAGUCGUGCGAUGGGCUACCAACAAAAUGCACACAGACACCCGAGGAGGAGACAAACACCCUGCCUGAUUGUGAGCAAUGCUUUACUGUCGACUGCACUGUGUUCAGUCCCUGGUCAGCCUGGUCAGCAACAUGUGGUCCAGCCACCAGGACCCGGAAUCAGGAAGUGCUUGAGAAGUUUGUAGAAAGACCAAACUGUGACAACCUUCCGAUGGAGUGCACUGGUGAUCCCAAGCAGACUCAGACACGUGACACUCCUCCAUGUGGACCAACAACAGCGCCACCAACUACAUCACAAUAACCGUAAAGUCAUCAUGUCAUCUCACAAGCCAAGGGAAACCAAAAGAGAAUACAUAUAGGACAGGGAACAAAGAAUGGUUAUAGCUAAGCCAACUAGGGAAAUCAAGUAAACAGAUUUAUGGUACCAAACCUCAAUAAAAUGAUUGAACAAG